AUGGCUAAUAAUAAUUACAUUGAAGAGAAUAAGAUUGUAAUAGUUGGAGGGGGAAUUUGUGGACUUGCAACUGCUCUUGCACUUCACAAGAAGGGACUCGAGAGUGUAGUGUUAGAGAGAUCUGAUACCGUCAGAACCACUGGAGCAACCAUUCUUAUUCUUUCCAACGGUUGGCGCGCACUAGAUCAACUUGGCGUCAGUACUCAGCUUAGACAGAUAGCAAAUCUCAUCACAGCGUACCGCGAUGUUUCACUCGAUAAUGGCAAACAAAAAGAGAUACCAAUAAUGAAAGAAGAACUUCGAUGCUUGAAAAGGCUUGACCUUGUACAAACCUUAGCUGAUAAUUUACCGCGUAAUACAAUUCGUUUUUGAUGUCACGCGGUGGCUGUUAAGCUGGAUUCCUUGACAUCUCAACCUAUUGUGCAGCUGCAUGAUGGAACUAGCAUCAAGUGUAAGGUUGUAAUUGGAUGUGAUGGAGUAAAUUCAGUUGUCUCUGACUUCAUUGGAUUGAAAGCUACAAGGAGUUUCUCUACAUGUGGAGUAAGAGGGUUCACAAACUAUCCAUCUGGUCAUGGGUUCAGCAAUGAAUUUCUUCGGAUUCGAAAAAACAAUCUUAUCUUUUGUAGAACACCAGUCAAUGAGAAUCGCAUGUAUUGGUUUGUAGGCCUUCCAUGGACAUCUUGUGAUUUAAAAGCCUCGAGCGAACCGAAUAUCAUCAAACAAGCAACCAUUAAAUGGAUCAUGGAUUUCCCACCAGAUGUUAUGGAAAUUGUAAAGAAAAGUGAUCUUGACUCAUUGACUCUUACAAACAUAAGAUACCAUGCACCUUGGGACAUAUCACUGGGAAAUUUUCGGAAAGGAACAGUAAUCGUAGCAGGUGAUGCUAUGCAUGUUAUGGGUCCAUUCUUAGGCCAAGGUGGUUCAGCUGCUUUAGAAGAUGCUAUUGUUUUAGCAAGAAAUUUGGCAAAAGAAAUGUGCAUGGAGGGGUCGGAAAGAACUGGAAAACAGAUUAUGCAGGUGAAGAUUGGAGCAGCAAUGGACCGUUUCGUGAAAGAACGUAGAAUGAGGCUAAUUAAGCUGUCUUCACAGGCUUAUCUCAUUGGAAUGCUGUUAGAACCGUCAUCUGGCAGAUUCACAAAGUUAAUGAUAAUUAUCGCGCUAGUUGUUUUCUUCAGCAAUUCAAAUGGCCAUGCUAAGUAUAACUGUGGUCAUCUCUGAUCUCACAAAUGUGUACAGGAGACGAAGGGAGAUGCUAAUUGGCAGGAAACCAAUUUUACAUGUCUUACUCAAGUUUCUUGCUAAUAUGAUGUACAUAGAAGUAGCUAGAGGUGCAGCAAAAGCUAAAUGUGCCGGUAUAUCUAUGCCU